AAAAUAUUGAACAUUAUUCAACAACUUUUAGCCCCAAAUCAAAUGAUUGCAGUGAUGAAAAAGAAAAAUAAUGAGGGUUUUGACUAUUCUUUGAAAAAAAAAACAAUUCCCACAGGAUUUGUACACAAAUUUAUAUAGGCUAAUUAAUCUUUACAUGCAAUAUGGACAUUGAACAGUAAAAUCAUGCGAUGUAAUAUGUACGCGAUUGUUUGACAAUCGUGAUCACCUGAAGGACGCAUGCGCGUAUCUCGAAAAAUCACGUGACGCGCGUGCACCUUUUUUAUUGGAUCGUAGAAAGGCGCGCGCGAUCGUCUAUUUUUCAUUCAAGAUCUCAGCUUCACUAUGCCGCCACCAGCUUCAGACGAGUUCUUCUGUCUUUUUGAAUUUGAAAGCGAUGACAGCGUCGAAAUUGGACCAUUUUCUUGGAUAUUAGACACGGACAAGGAUGUGGAUCCUGAAAGCUAUGUCGAUCAAGCUGUUGAAGUUAUGUGGGUCAGUGGCAGCAAAACGGAGAAGUAUCGAGCAACAGUGUUGGCUGUAAAUAUAAAAUCAAAAUCAAAAAUUUCACAGUGCAAUGAGAUGGCCAGGGAUCUCAGGAAGCAAAUGUUUGGUGCCAAUGAAACGAAAAAAUCAAAUGGACGUACGGCAACGGGAAGUGGAACAAGUGGUGAGAUAAUUGACCUGAAAAAGCAGUUGGAGAAAUCAAGGAGAGAGACUGAGGAUCUGCAGGUGAAGCUGACUAAGGAGAAGGCAGUUAGGGAAAAGAUACAGCAACAGCUGUUGUUUUUGCAAGGAGUGCCUAAAUUCAUCGAAACCUUUAAAGGGUUCAUAGUGGAUAUGGAGGAGAUGUCGAGACUCAAGGCUGAUCAUGAAGAGAUGCACUGUCCAUCAGGAGGGUCAUCUACAUCAUCCUCGCCCGCUCGUUCCUCCACCCAGUCCUCCACCCAAUCCUCGCCAUCAUCAGCACGACCACAGGUCAUGUCAAGUCAAAGUUCCCAGGAGUGUCAUCAUCGGAAAUCCGCAUCGUUAUGCGGAACAAAGUUGGCAACGAAAUUAAGUUGGCCAAACGUAGAUCUCAACCGAAAGAGAACCAAGCCAAAGAAAACCAAGCCAAAGAAUUAAACCAAGAACCACAAGAUGAGACCGAAUGAAGCACUUUGUCAAGAUGACUAAUUAAUUAAUAAUGAGCUAAGUCUUGUUACUUACUAAUUAUCCCCUGUUCACUGUCCAGAGGAGGCAAAUUUCCGCGACCUGCCACAUUCUUCGCACCAUUCAGUGACGAGGUCAGUAACAUGGGCCUGCCGAACACUGCCAGCAUCAGAGGACUUAACAAGCACAUGCAUAUUCUGUUCCAAAUAUAAUUUAGUAUGAUCAUCAUGAUGCGACCUAUCCGAGUAUGCCAUGUUUGGUACGUUUCUGGCACUUCUGAAUCGCCCGUCGCUCCUGUGUAUUUUUUUGGUUGAUUGGAAUAUGUUUUAGACCACAGGCAUUGCUAUAAUGCUUGCUACAGACCAACAUUAAAAAAAAUAAUAAUAAUGUUUUAAUAGGGGCCAGAAUUAUCCUUAUCUGAUAUAUUAAAGGUGCUCCUGCAUCGUUUAUCAUACACACAGUGCCAUCUUGCGCACAAACUAGCCUAGUUCAAAAUGGCGAUCUGUAGCGUAGCAUCCCAACGCUUGAUGAUCUUUAACAUUUCACCUGUUUCUAAAGCUAUUUUGAUAAAAAGCUCUUCAUGGGCCAUCACAUCAAUUCUAGGCAUGUAUUGUGUUUUCCGUCCAGCUGGUACUAAUAUAUUAAAUUUUAUGUUUUGGCAUGUGGAUAUCAAAUGACAGUGCGCACGCAUCAAUCAGUGUUCUUUGUUGGCACCCUUCUAAACAAAUAAGUGUCAAGAACUUUCUUGUUGAGUAAAUUUUGAUCUGAUAAGGAAACAAUUUGAGAUUUUUUUGUGCAAAAAAUGGCAUUUAUAUAUGAUCUACGGAUAAAAGCCCAAAUUCACCUUGAAGAAUGGAAUCAAAUCAGACUAACAAGAAACUACGUCUCUUGGAAGACAUCAAAAUUUAUAUGGGGAACCUAAAUUGCCUCAAACAUGCAUUAAAAUUUGAGACAUUUGGUAUUGUUAAUCUGGUCUUUAAACAAAAGCGAAUGGAAUUAAAAUUGCUUUUGUUAUGAUUUUGAAUGACGGGAAUAUACCAAAUUAUUUCAUGUUCCUGAUUGUUCCGUACUCUAUUUGCCAAAGAUAUUGCUGAAAUGUAUUCAUUGUGUGCUGAAAAAUAACUUUGAUAAUGUGUAUGCGUUUGACGCCAUUUAUUUAAGUGGCAAAUUUCCUCUCGUCCUUUAAAAACUUUGCCUUGUGCCAAAUAACAAAGUAUGCUCAUGUAACAUUUUAAAGGCAUUGUCUUCUAUAUGUGUACACAAUAUAUUUACCCUACUUAUUUGUUGUGUAAGGUCACAUUGAUAAAGUGCUGUAACAAAUAUUGUUAUAUUAUUGAUAGAUUAUCUGUAGUAGUUAUAAAAAAGUACUAAAGUAGAGAUGUUAGAUAUCUUCAUGUUUUUGUUGCAACUCAGUACAGAUGUUUUUAACUACAGUUUUGAGAUAUUAUUGAUAGAUUAUCUGCUACAAUUUCUACAUAUAUGAUUCAUUUAUUUAUUUAUGAUUCAUUAUUUUAAAUAAUCAUAUUUUACUUCUAUUUACUUACCUUGUCAAAGAUUUUCUUUGCUCUUCAUUACCUAUAAUAUAUAUUUAUGUUCAGUUUAAUUCUCCACUCAAUUCAAUCUUUAUUUGGAAAUAAAGAUUGAAUUGACUGUAUUAUUCGUGUUAAUUAUAUAUUCAAAAAGCUGCAUCACUUCGCCGUGAUCCCUCGCAUAGGCCUAUAAAGUUGAUUCUAUCCUUUGGGUUUAUGUCAGGUUUCUAUAGCUUCUGACCAUACGAGCAUUGAAAGUUAAGGGGUUUAUGGGACGAAUUAUCGACUAGGGCCGUCCAUAGCUCAGUCGGUAGAGCACCGGGCUAGCAAUCCGGAGGUCUCGGGUUCGAAUCCCGAUGGAACCCCAUUUUCUUUGCUCUUUAUUACCUAUAAUAUAUAUUUAUGGUCAGUUUAAUUCUCCGCUCAAUUCAAUCUUUAUUUGGAAAUAAAGAUUGAAUUGACUGUAUUAUUCGUGUUACUUGUCAAAGAUUGGAAGGAACUUGAUUGAUAUAUGUUUUUGUUCCAACUUGGAUACAAGUACGUGUUUUACAACUCAACAGUUCUUGAAAAUUUUAUAGACUUUAUAUGAAGCGUAAUCUCAACUUGCCUUUACCAUAAACAUUGUGCUCGAACCUAAAACUCGUUAGUCAUAGUAGUUAUAAAAAAGUACUAAAGUAGAGAUGUUAGAUAUCUACAUGUUUUUGUUGCAACUCAGUAGAGAUGUUUUUAACUACAGUUUUGAGAUAUUAUUGAUAGAUUAUCUGCUGCAAUUUCUACAUAUAUGAUGCAUGUGUUUAGUUUUAAUGGUUUUAAAUAAUCAUGUUUUACUUCUAUUUACUUACCUUGUCAAAGAUUGGAAGAUUUAUGUUUUUGUUGCAACUUUGAUACAAGUACGUGGACAGUGUUUUACAACUCAACAGUUCUUGGAAAUUGUAUAGACUUUUUAUAUGAAGCGUAAUCUCAACUUGCCUUCACCACAAACAUUGUGCGUGAACCUAAAACUCGUUAGUCAUAGUUGUUAUAAAAGUACUAAAGUAGAGAUGUUAGAUAUCUACAUGUUUUUGUUGCAACUCAGUAGAGAUGUUUUUAACUACAGUUUUGAGAUAUUAUUGAUAGAUUAUCUGCUGCAAUUUCUACAUAUAUGAUGCAUGUGUUUAGUUUUAAUGGUUUUAAAUAAUCAUGUUUUACUUCUAUUUACUUACCUUGUCAAAGAUUGGAAGAUUUAUGUUUUUGUUGCAACUUUGAUACAAGUACGUGGACAGUGUUUUACAACUCAACAGUUCUUGGAAAUUGUAUAGACUUUUUAUAUGAAGCGUAAUCUCAACUUGCCUUCACCACAAACAUUGUGCGUGAACCUAAAACUCGUUAGUCAUAGUUGUUAUAAAAGUACUAAAGUAGAGAUGUUAGAUAUCUUUGUUUUUGUUGCAACUCGAGUACAGAUGAUUUUCACUACAGUUUUUAUCAUGUAAAAUAUUAAGCAUAUAACUUUAACUUGCCUUUACUUCAACCAACCAUUCAGCCAUUGUGUGUGCUAAAACUUCAGGAAUCCCGUUACCUCAACCAACCAUUUAGCCAUUGUGUGUGCCAAAACUUAGUCAUGUUAGUAAGAAAGUACAUGAUUACAGAUGUUAAAACAUAUAUAUAUAUAUAUAUAUAUAUAUAUACAUAUCUCAAAAUAAACUUUUUAUAAUAUUAA